AUGAUGGGAGGGGGGGGGGGGGGGGGGGGGGCGGAGACGGGCAGGGGGGCGGCGUGUGCGUCGAACAAGGGCCGUCUAGGACGAAUCACCAGCUCACCCCGAAUCUUGAGCCGUCGCAAGGUCGCCUACAUUCGAAGUCGAAGUGCGACCGAAAAGCACCGCCUCCGUACUACUUUUGCGGGUUUGCGUCCGUUUUUAUCGGACCCGCUGCGCCUGUGGCGGUACGUCGAGAUACACCGAGCGAUCGCCGCGUCUUUCGCGACCGACGUUCCGAAAACCGUCGAUGAACUGCGCCUCAGCUUGUUUUUAAAGCUGACGUCACACAUGGACAUAGUAAUGAGCGAUCCGAAAUGUACUCACAGCUCUUCAAAAGCCUCCGACACGUCGUACGGCCAGCCGGUUCAAUUACGCCCCGACGUCAACUGCGAAAAAAAUACGGCGCGU